AUGGACAACAGUCUUCUUAGUCGAUUGCAUGCAAUGCAGAAUGAACUAACUUUCAUUCGUCAAGAUAUUCACGCCCAUCCAGAGACGGCAAUGAAUGAAGUACGUACAUCCGCUAUGGUUGCUGCUAAACUGAAACAAUGGGGUAUAACUGUCACUGAAGAAGUGGGCAAUCUGGGUGUAGUCGGCACAUUGAAAAGUAAUACAUCAGGUAAUCGUUCUAUUGGCUUGCGUGCCGAUAUGGAUGCUCUUUAA